AUGCCCCUCGCACAGCUUCCCCUCGACGUCCUCGACGUCCUUUGCCAAUUUAUUGACCAGCCCGACCUCGUUGCCCUUGCUGUCGCCAGCCCGUUGUUCUGCCCUUUUGCUCAGCGCUACCUCUACCGGCGCAUCGCGCUCACAAAGCCUGCGCAUGCUGUUCGCUGCUUCAAGACACUACAUAGGAGACCCGAACUUGCUCGCCAUGUCCGCACGCUGUCGCUCAGACUCGAUCCAAAUGCCUCCCUGCUUCGGCCAUUUGUGGAUUUAUUAGGAGCGGGCAUAGCACAUAUGCACAACCUCGCUUCUCUGGAUGUGGUCAUCCCUCAAGCCGCCAGUCGUGCCUUUUUCGCAGCCGAAACGCACGGAACAUUCUACACGCGACUCGUCCACUUUUCUUGUAAUCUGCCACUCGACGAAAGUAUCUGUUCCUUUCUACAGCGCGUCCCCGCGGUCAAAGAGCUUCAGCUCGGCGAGCACGCGGCCUCUUUGUCCUCAUCUUCCAGGACGCCGUCCGCCCAUGUGCUGCCGGCUUCCGCGCUCCCCAAUCUCGCGUGUUACAUGGGACCAAGUGAUGCUGCGGCGGUUCUCGUCCCAGGCCGGCCGCUUGAGAGUGUGCAUCUGUACCCUGGGGAGCUUUCAGAGCAGGUUCUUGACGCGCUCUCGCGCGCUUCUUCUCCAAUUACCGUAUUCGGUGCACUCACGCACUCGCUAUCCCCAUCCAUUCUGCGGUCCCUGGCACAGAGCCUCCCACACCUCCACUUCCUUCGCAUCAUGACGAUGUAUCAUGCCUCUGAUCAGCCUGACGAGACAUUUUACGGUCAGGUCGUUCAGAUACUUUCCACGCUUCCCGAGCUGGUCAGCGCCGAACUUGCAGGCUUCCGGUGGUUUUCCUGGAAGGAUGCAGCGGCGGAGGGCGGUCAUGUUAAGCCUAGUCCGGCUAGGGCACAUGCUGCUGCCGCCACACCAAACGAAUCGCCUGGUGAAGAUGCCAUUGACACCGGUUUGUAUUAGACUUUGCUGUUUCUGUCUUUUGGUCAUGGG